CGGAGUCGGUUCUCAAGACUCAACCGGAACAAAGUGCACCAAAAAAAAGUGCACGCCGGAAGAGUCACAAAGUGCACACUGGAGGAAGAAUCAUUGUUGGCAUCCGUUAGAAUUGACGUCUCCAAGCAUCCUAUCCUCGGCUCUCGAGCAAACGAAAGAUACGAUGUUGGAUCGUAUCGAGGAGAAGUUCUUUGCGGGGAAGAACAAGGACGCCUCUUACCGAACCCGAGACCAACUCACUUCCAAAUGGGGCCACAUCAACCAAACAGUCUAAAAGUUUAUCAUAGUGUACGAGGAAUGCUUUCGAUCCUAGAAGAGCGGGACAAACGAUGCUGACGUUCUGCGGUAAGCCACCGCAUGGUAUCAAGAUGACAGACACCAAGGCAAGAUGCUCUGCUGAGGUUGAGGCCGAUGACAUUGUCGGCUCGUCGGAACAAAGGCCUCUCUUCAACCUAGAGGACUCCGACGACGACAACCCCAUUCCACGACCAAUCGGAAGGAAGAAGGCAAAGUUCAUUGUGCCUCGGGUUCUGAAGGGUCCGGCUCUGUUUAUUCUCACGAUGAUAUCGGUUGGGCAAUGGUUGAACAACUUCAGGUGUUCAAUAUUAGGGAUUAGGUUAGAAGAGAGGGAGAAUCGAAGCAAAGAGAAGACAGAUCUUGAUACAUUAACAGGCUUCAAACGUAUGUAUUACGAGAGAAGACAGAACGAGAUCAUGGAUAAAUAUAAUUUGCUUAAAUAUUUAAAUUGAAGUAGUUUUUUAAGUAAAUGUUCUUUUUUUUAUUAAAUGUAAUUUUUUAUUUGAUAAAUUAUUGUCCUUUAAAUUUAAUUAAUUAAUGAAGUUUUAUUAAUUUAAUUUUACAAAACGUGCAUUAAAAAGUUAAAAAAUAAAAGUCUGAAGCCCAAGUUUGAAGCCUCGGGACUUCAAACUCAUUUCUAGUAAAACUAUGAGGUAAGU